UAUUACAUUUUCUCAGUAGCAGUGCGAUUACGGAACGUGUAACACACUACCGAUUCUAAAUUAAAAUGAGUUUUCUUAAUAAAGUGGUUUUAGUGACUGGUGCUAGUUCUGGAAUAGGUCAAGCUGUAAGUUUACAGUUUGCUAAAUAUAAAGCAAGACUGUCACUUGUUGACAAAGAUGAAGCCAAUCUAAAGAAAACUGGUGAACAGUGCCAAAAGUUAAUUCGAGCUAAAGUACUAAUAACAGUUGCUGAGUUACGUCAAGAAGAUGAUAUCAAAAAAGCUAUAGCUAACACUAAAGCUGAAUUUGGAAGAAUUGAUAUCGUUGUUAACUGUGCGGGAAUAUACAGACCAACUAGUAUAUUCGAUUCUAACUUAAUUGAACAAUUUGACGAUGUAAUGGCAACUAAUCUGAGGUCUGUUGUGUUUCUGAUUAACUCUGUUGUCAAUGACCUAGCGGAAACAAAAGGAAACAUUAUAAACAUUACAGGAGAAAUGCGUGCAUUAGGUGCGUUUAAAGGUAUAGCGUACCAAACGACAAUAGCAGCUCUGGAGCAUUUUACUACUAGCAUAGCUUUGGAUCUGGCUCCUAAAGGUGUUCGUGUAAACUCCAUAUCACCCGGUGUAGUGAAAACAAACAUUUUGGAAAACGCUGGUGUUAACCCGGAAGAAAGUGAAGCUUUCUGGAACACGGCUUCAACUGCGCCUCUAAAUAAACUGGUGAAAACUGAAGAUGUUGCAGAAUUUGUCAUAUUUUUGGCGAGUGACAAAGCAAAAGCCAUGACUGGUAGUACCUAUUCAAUUGAUGCUGGAUUAGGUUUAUCACGACAUAUAUAAAUUGGGUAUAAAGAGAUAAAACUAUUCAAGGACGAAUGUAUAUACUUAAUGAAUUGACCUUGAUAUUAUGAUGCAAUAAUAUAGUUUUAAAUAGUACUUAUGUAGUCGGUGUCAGCUACUGAAAAGAUAAAGUAAGACUACUACUUCAGAUAACAGUUUGAUAAAUAACUACUCACGUAUCUAUGUGGUUAUUUUAAUUUUGCAUAUAAAUAUAAUACCUAGUGUUAACACUUAUAACACACAGCUUCACUCAAUUUAAGAACAACAAAGGUAUAAGUAACAGGAGACCUCCAUUUAAAUGGUGCGGUUAUUGAAUAAAAACACAAUGUAAAAACGAAUCGUUGGGCUCAACCUCGCUGCUUAUGAGAUUUUUUAUGAAGCAUGAAAUGCAGGUAUAGAAAUUAUGGAAUUGAAAUAUAUGGUUUUGUAAUA